AUGGAAUUGGAUUUUAAAGAAUCUUAUAUUUGUGAAAUUUGUAAAGUUUAUGUAUAAAAAUCAUUUGAAUAAAUUCAUUUGGCAAAUUGUCAAUUAAAUAAAAAUGUAAGUAUUUGAAAAAAUAAUUUAGGAAAAUUUGUUUUGGAAUAAAAAUAUAUAAAACAAAAUAGCUUCAAAUAAAACUAAUAAAUUAUAUAAAUCUUAAUUUAAUUUUAAUGGUAUGAAUCAAAAUUCUACACCUCAAGUUUAAUUUAUAACUAUGAAUAAUUAACAGGGAAAUUUAAAUAAGGAAGGAGAAAAUAUUUAAUAGCCUUUGCAAAUUAUUUAAAAGCCACAAUUCUAAAUUAAUUAGAGAAAUGGCAAUUAAAUACCUGUAAAAUCAUUCAACUAAUAGGGAUAAAAUUUAGAAAUUAAGUUAAAGGAAUUCAAUAAAUUUGAGGAAGAUUCCAAAUAAUCUAAUGAGCAAACUAAGUAAGAACAAUUUCAAUUUUAAAGAUUACCACAGAUCUAAUUCUCUUAAAAAAAUGAAUACAAAAACUAAAUUCUAUUAAAUUAUUAAUAAUAAAAUAAAAAUUUUUCUUAAUUUAAUAAUGAAUAAAUAUUUAAUUAGAAUAUAAAUAACUAGUAAUAAUAAGAAGGAAAAUUAUUGACUUUUAAAAAUUAAUUGGAAAAUUAAGAGUAAAUUUAGUAAACACAAAACCCAAAUCAAAAAGAUUUUAGUAUGAAAAUUUAAUUUUAAAAUAAUUUUGAAAAACCAUAGUUUCCAUAAAAAUCUUCAUAAAUGAAUAAUUCAACUCAAAAUAUCAUUUUUAAUUAAAAAAAGAAUUUAGAGUAAAAUCAAACAUAAAAAUAACAGUCCUAAUAAUAAUAAUUUUAACAAUAAUAAUAAAAAAUUGAGUAAAAUAAUUAGCAAUUUCCAUACCAUAAUAAAUUUUAAACAUCUUUAUUCUAGACAUAAACAGUAAAUAAUAAUAAUUAUGUUUAAUUUAAUAAAUCAAAUAAUAGUAUACAUUAAUUCUCUGUUCCUUAAAAUCAAUUUAAUAUUUAACCAGCUCCUUAAAAUUACUAAUUUUAAUCUUUGUUCCUAAAUAGAUUUUAGGAUGAUCAAAUUUAGAUUUCUGGUAAAGGUUUGCCUAAUUUUGAUGUAAAUAAAAAAUACUCAGAUUAUGAUGUAAAUCAAAUGAACUAAGAAUAAAUUUACUAAUAUUUUUCAAAUUUAUUAAUAAAUGAAGAUCAUGGUUACACAGAAGAUUAAAUAAAUCAAAAACUUUAUCAAAAUUUUUAGAUAUAAGUAGAAGAUAAUACAAUUGAUAUUUGUGUAAUAUGUUAGGAAUCCUUUACUUAGGAAACAUUUACAACAGAUAAAUAAUUACCAUGUUCACAUUUAUUUCAUGUGGAUUGCUUAUAAGGAUGGUUAAAAAGAUCCAAAAAUUGUCCUAUUUGUAAAUUUCUAAUAGAAUUAUGA